AUGUUUGCAACUGAAAGUUCAGACAUCGAGAAGAUCGACAAUCCGAUAUUGGUAAUAAUUGAAAUGAUCGUGUUUUUUAUCCUGUUUGUGAUGGCGCUGGUGGUGAUUGCUGGUUCUUGCGCCUAUUUAGUUAUCUCCUUGCACUCGGGGUACAAAAUUCCCGAAUUCAGCAUCAAUGGUGCGUAUCUUAAUCGAUUCAAUUACACCGAAACUAACCAUACUCUCUCCUACAACCUCGCCCUCAACAUCACCCUCACAAACCCUAACAAAAAAAUCCACUUUAACUUGAGUGACACCCAAGUCAUUGCAUACUAUCAAAACAAGAAAUUUGGUUUGAUGACUUUGAUCGAUAGCCGUACAACGAUUCACCAAGACCCCAAGAACACAACCAUUUUUCAGAAUGCCCUUAUUCAAGGGUGGAAACCUCUCUUGUUUGAGGAACCUGUGCUUCCCAAUGCUGCUCACCUCUACAGUAUUGAUGUGGUGAUUGCUUUUCAAGAAAAAAUUGGUCGAAUGUCUGGCGAGGUCCUGUGCAACCUAACCGUUCCACAGAGUUUGAAUGGAACUUCUUGGGAUGGUUUCAACACUACAAAGUGCUCUUUGUCCUCAGAAAAGAGUUUGAUGGAUUAA